AUGGGUUUCGCUGAUCUUGUCUCCGACGCCGGCCUCACCAUCCUUAACAACUGGGUGAAGACUCGCAGCUACAUCGUUGGCUACACUCCGUCGCAGGCCGAUGUCAAGGUCUUCCAGCAGCUGAAGACUGUCCCGGCCCCCGAGAAGUACCCCUUCGCAUGGCGCUGGUACAACCACAUGCUCACCUGGGAGUCCGAAUUCUCUUCCCUCCCUGGUGACCCAACCAAAGACCACACCGCCUACGGCCCGGAGCAGAGUGAGCUCCCCGUGAACCCGGCCAAGGCCCCCGCCGCCGCUGAAGAGGAUGAUGACGAGGUCGACCUUUUCGGCUCCGAUGAUGAGGAGGUCGAUGAGGCGGCCGAGAAGCUCAAGGCCGAGCGUUUGGCCGAGUACAACAAGAAGAAGGCUGGAAAGGUCAAGCCUGCCGCCAAGUCCAUUGUCACCAUGGAUGUGAAGCCAUGGGACGACGAGACCAACCUCGAAGAGCUCAAGGCUAAUGUUCUUGCUAUCCAAAAAGACGGUCUUGUCUGGGGUGCCAGCCAAUUCGUCACCGUUGGCUUCGGUAUCAAGAAGCUGCAGAUCAACUUGGUCGUCGAGGACGAGAAGGUCUCUACGGACGAGCUCCAGCAGCAGAUCGAGGAGGACGAGGACCACGUCCAGUCCACCGACAUUAUUGCCAUGCAGAAAUUGUAG